UAAAUCAAUACAAGUACCUUAAUACUGUAAGAUGUCUUGGAGAAAAGCAUAAGCUAAAUAACGAGAUGUAAAACUCUCAGAGUGAAAUUAUGUACCAUGAAAUAUCAUGCCAUGAUUGGAUAGUGUGUUAAAGGCAUGCUGGGUAAAGUUUUGGGAAAAUAUUCAGUUCAUCUACUGCAUAAUGAAAAAGUGACCUUUCACAAAAAAGAAAUGUGUGAAUAAUUCUCUUUGUUGCCUGGCAACCUGAAGCAGAGCGGGAGACACGCCCACAAUAGAGGGGAAGUUUAAUCACAGGAUGUUGUGAAACCGUGGUACAGCUCUGUUUUCCAGCAGCUACUCUAUUUUUGAGGAGUACUAUACCUGCUUUCCUCUCAUUCUGACCGGGGGAAGAAAGCAGUUCCACAUUUCACAUCUGGGUCUAAUGCUGUGUAAAUGUACACUCAGUACUGCUUUCUGGAGUACACAGCCUGUGCACAAUCAGCCACUGUGAAGAACACUGUAAACUUACCUCCAUCGCUACUGAGAGACAUUAAUACGAUAAAUGUGCUUUUAGGCAAACAGAGUCAUUCUGUCAAGCUGACAGGCUUUUGGGGCAUUUUUUUUCAGCUGCCACUUUUAUUUCAGAUUGCAUCUAUGUGUAUGAUCCACUUGAGAUUUGAAAAUCUUAUUUUUCUUUAUUUGACAAAUUACCUAGAUGACUUGAAGUGAACCUGUGCUCUUGAAAAAACAUGAGUUUUGCUCGGCCGCAUCAGUGGAACAGGUUCCAGGAUGUGACAUGUGACCGUUGUUCCCUUUUUCAAUGCGGGUGAUGUUUCCUCUCACGUGUGGUUAAUGUUUAACUGACUGGUGUCUGCACGCUUACAAAAGGCUGAAAGCUCCAGACAAGCUCUGCAUUCCGCCAUGAAUUCAUCUCAUUCAAGAAUCUUAUGCUUCAUUGCCAGACAAGAGCAGAACUGGUUUUGUAUCAUUUUUGUGGAAAGUUUGUGCUUCAGCUCAUUUCUCCGAAAUACAGAUGACCUGCAACAGGUACACCGAGGCAUUUGUCAGUUUAAAGCAUCAGUGUUUGCACUGAUGACAAACAAAAGGAUCCCACAACGGAGAUAAACCAGCUGGACAAGGAACUGCUAAAACAAAUAGAACAAACAGAAAGAAGUUAUAUCAGAGGGCGAGAUGAAGAAGGCCACAUUGUUUUUGCUAAACACUGUAUCGCCAUAUGGUAGCGACUGGGAGAUCCUUUGCUGACAAAGACCAUGGGAUACCAAAAUCCAGGUUUGUCGAGUCUCUGUUGCUUGCACCCACAUGUGAAAGGUACGAUAGGUACAAUAAAGCAAAGGACUCAUCUGUGCACUGUGGGUGUUUGAGCACCUCAUCUCGAGGAGCGUCCUUUGGCCAUGCCAAGCAGGUUGACCGAGCUACUCCUGGUCAAUGCCCUGCCCUGUGGGUUGGAGAUCUGCAUGGCCACAGGGACCACCUACAUCCCUCCCCUGCUGCUGGAGGCUGGGCUGGAGGAGCAGUUCAUGACUAUGGUGCUGGGUGUGGGCCCUGUGCUGGGGCUGAUAUUCGUGCCCCUGAUUGGCUCGGCCAGCGACAGGUGGAGUGGACCAUUUGGCCGCCGCCGGCCCUUCAUCUGGCCUCUGUGCUUGGGCGUGUUGCUGAGUCUGCUGCUCAUCCCACGGACCUCGCACCUGGCUGGUCUGGUGGCAAAGCACCCCCGAUGGCUGGAGGUGCUCCUUUUGGUGCUCUGCAUCUGCCUUCUGGAGUUCUGUGGCCAGGCCUGCUUCACGCCGCUGGAGGCCUUGGUGUCCGACCUUUUCCCUGGGGAGGAGGACAACCGUCGGGCCUUCUCCAUCUACUCGCUGAUGAUCAGCAUAGGGGGUUGCGUAGGCUACCUGCUGCCUGUGGUGGACUGGCAUGCCGAAACCUUGACGUCCGUGCUGGGUGGUCAGGAGACCUUCAUCUACACCCUGCUCACUGUCAUCUUCCUACUCUGCCUGCUGAGCACUGUCUUCAUCUCUGAAAGGCAUGGAGUAGUGGGGCCCACCCCCAAGCAAGACCUGACCCCUGACUUUGGUCCCACCUCCAAAGUUAGACAGUGCUGUCCCAGGUUCUUCCUGCCCGCCCCCCAGUACAUGUUCUCAUCCCUAAAAGGCUAUUUGUCGCUUCUACCUCGGCUGCACCAGCUGUGCCUGCGCACGCCCCUGGUCAUCCGUCGCCUCUUUGUGGCUGAACUAUGCAGCUGGAUGGCCCUCAUGACCUUCAUGCUCUUCUACACGGAUUUCGUCGGAGAGGGCCUGUACCAUGGGGUGCCCACCGCUCAGCCUGGCACUCAGGAGAGGCUGCGGUACGAUGAUGGGGUGCGAAUGGGCAGUCUGGGUCUCUUCUUGCAGUGUGUCGCAUCGGUUAUCUUCUCCCUGCUGAUGGACAGACUGGUGGCCAGGAUGGGCACGAGGGCUGUGUACCUUAGCAGUAUAGUCGUGCUGACAUCAUCUACUCUGGUCAUGAGUGUCUCCAGCAACAUCUUCCUGGUCACCUUCAUGGCUAUGAUCACCGGAUAUACUUUCUGCACUUUGCAAGUCCUCCCUUACACUCUCACCUGCCUCUACCACACGGAAAAGUCGGUGUUCUUUCCAAGCUCCAAGUCAAGAGACCCAUCGGAUGAUGGCAAAACCAUGGUUUUACAGAUGAAUCCUCCCCCCAGCCCUGAUUAUCAGCACUACAGCACAGGGCAUCCUGGGGGUAUGCCAGGCCUGGGCCUCGCUCAGCUGGACCAUGUUGCAGCAUCCCCUGGUGGCCUUUACGCUCCCUUUCCCCCAGAGGCCGGCCCUCUCCUCCCACUUCCCUCAGCACCUCGGGGCCUCUGUCUGGAUAUGGCCAUCCUAGACAGCGCCUACCUGCUCUCCCAGGUGGUGCCCUCACUCUUCAUGGGGUUUAUUGUGCGACUCACCCGCAGUGUCACUGCCUAUAUGGCCUGCGCUUCUGGCUUUGGCCUGCUGGCCAUGUAUUUCUCCAGAAGGGUCGUGUUCGACCGGUCCGACCUGGAAUGACAGCCUUAUAAACUGUGAUCCACCCAUGUCACCCUUUUCCACUAAACCGGUCUGGAAGGUGAACAUGUAAGCAAUGCACUAGACAUUCAGCUACUGCUGCAGAUUUUUUUCCAGGCAGCUGUGCCCACACUUGGGCUUUAGGUGUAGCUGCAUACCGCCUGAAUACCUCCACGGGAGCCAGCUUACUGUCUCCCAUGAUUUCCUGAGUACCGCGCUCCUUUUGAACUGCAGCUCAACUUCCUGCCUUCUUUAUCCCACUCAUGACAGACAUUUUAAUAUUCUCAGCAAGUUUUCAAAUGCAAGUAAUACGUUAAAUUUAGAAACUACCUUUUUUUUUUACAAAGCACAUUAUUUUUUAUGUGAUUUACCAGUUUUUUUUUAAAUUGAAGUCACUGUGAAUCUGUACAGCUCUGUACAUAUACACAGGUAUCCCCGCUGUGGGGACACGGUGGCGCAGCGGGGUAAAGCAGGAGCCUCACAGCUCCCGAGCUGCUUGGUGGGUGUGGGUUUUGUGUGUUUCUCCCUGCAUUUGCACCCUCCGGACACACACGGAAGAACGUGCGGACAAACCCCCGCUGUUCCUCCCUCGUCCUGGAAAGCGCGCUAUGCGUCGACUUGGUUGCACAUCCAUCCCUCCUCUGCUUCAUGAAAAUUAUUCCAUUUACAAAGCAGCUUAUGCAUAUUUUUCAAAUGCUGCAUUUUUAUUUUAAUGCAGAAAAAAGCUCUGAAUUCAAACACAUGCUAUGAAGAGAACUGUUUCUGCGCAGUGCUGCAACGCUUAUCUGAACACUGCAGGAUAGAGGGAAAUGUCCUGAAUGUCCUGUCUGUUCUUGAAUAGUAUCACUAUAUGGUUUCAUGGCACUGUUACCUCAAAGUGUCCUACAUUACGGCAAUCUCAGGUACAUCGGAAUAAGCACUUUUGAGUACCAGAACUAUUACCCAGCUCUGUAUUGUAACAUAUAUGGAAAUGUUAGGAUUAGGGUUAGGGUGAGGGUUCAUUUUACCAUUUUUUGUGUGCCAUUUUGUCAUCUUCAUGCGUGGGUGUAAGAGCUUCUCAGGUUUUGAGGGCAAACUGUCGAAAACAGCACUCAGCGAGGUUAUGAACGAAUACUGGAUGAUAAAUCAGGCUUUCUUGAGCACUUGAGGGACAUAUCCCCACCUGCCUGCUUCUGCAUCUGCCUUGUCAUUGUUUCACUCGCUAUUAAUUCACUUGCUAUGAACAGAAAGUAUUAUAUGUUCAUGGAAUGAAAGUAAGAUGUGUAACAGAUGUGUCAAACACAUCAGAUACCAGCAAGGGGGUUUAGUGCUUAUAGGAGAAAUAUAUAUAU